AUGAAGAAACGGACGAUAUCGAAGCUCAAAUCGCUGUUUAGUUCCAAGAAAGGUAAACGGCAUCAACAGCAAGAUCAAUCAACAAAGACCUCACGAUCGCCCUCCCCAGAGCCGGCGGAUGACUCUCCCUGCGAGUCGUACAGGCCUCUGCUGAGGACACCACCUCCAAGCCAUGUCGGGCCACCGCCGUCUCCGCCAGUACCUACCAACCCCGUGGCACCAGUGGCCCCCCAGCCUUCGGGGCCCUUGCCGCUUAUGCCGUGCCCCGUUUGCGGGCGCACCUUUGUCCCACAGUCCCUUGCGAAGCACGUUAAGAUCUGCGAGAAAAUGAUGGCCAAGAAGAGGAAAACCUUCGAUUCAUCGAGGCAACGGCGCGAAGGCACAGAUUUGGAACAGUACUUGCCAAAGAAUUUCGGUCUUCCAGAGAACAGUCCCUUCCUCGAGAAGAGUCCGCCGAACACUGCCAAAGCGACGCCCAAACCGAAAACACAAUCCGUAAGGAGUGCCAUCAAGAAGCCAAUGGCGGAGCUGCAGAAGUGUCCGCAUUGCGCGCGCGCUUUUGGCGUCCGCGCGUUCGAGCGCCACGUGGAGUGGUGCGCGGACAAGGCGAAGAUAUUGCCGGCCGCCGCGGCCGCACAGCCGCCGCCCCACAUCGCGGAUGCCAAGCAGCGGCUCAACGCGCGCACGCAGUACAAGGCGCCAUUGGCGCGCGCGCGCAGAUCUUCACAGAGCCGCGAGAAAGCGUCGAACAGUCGCUCCACGUCAGUGGACUCCUCGCGUGGUGUAUCGCCCCCGCCGCCAAGGGAGGCGGGUGACGGCAAAGGGAGACCGCGUGCGUCAGAAUCUUUGUCGAGUAACGACUGCUACGAUGAUACAGCGCCACACGUCCCCGUUAUCAGGAACUCUAGGACAUCGCAAAACAAUUCAGGCGACGCCAACGUUAAGGCGCGUCAAGCUCGGCUUGCUAGAGACAUAAGCAAUACAAGGCUUGACGACAAUUACGACCCUUUCGUUUCCGCCGCCAGGCAAAUGAAGGAGCUUAUGUCCUCCGACACUAAUAUUCCUAAAAAACUUCAAUCCCCUCCCAAAGAAUUGAACAGAACUCUUCCUACUCUCCGCCCAAAUAAAGAUAAGACGGACGACGAAUCCCUCUGCGAAGAUUUCGAUCUCGAGGAAUUUAUGACUACUUUUGAUGAGGAAGUAAAUAAACAAAAACUCGAGAAUAAACGAACAUACAGCUCAACAACUAGAAUAGUUAAGCAGUCUAAAGUGUUUGAUACGCUCAAAGCGCCUGAUGUUAGCGAUGAUAGCAUUCUUCCAAAAGCUUUAAAUAAUGGUAUGUUGCCAGUUAACAAAUCAAUGUCUCUUGUUUUUAGCAAUAACAAUGUUAAAGGCGAAAACCUUUUCCCAUCCUCCGUUAAACGUUCCACAUCCCUCCUUGACUCCAUUCAGAAGAAAAACACACUGAAAACGGACACAUCGAAGAGUCGACAUAAAGCCGAUCAAUUGGAACAGGAUAUAAUGCAAUCUCUCAAGGACUUCGACAAAUUUUACGAGUCCGAAAGGAUAGAGAACCACCAUUCUAGUAAAGAAUUCGUAAAUUGUUCCAAAAAUGCUUAUAAUACGACGAAAAAGGAACCCGGAACGAAGACCGAGAGGAGAAAUAACAAGAACGCAAAAAUGUCCAAUGGUCAUUUCUCGCCCAGCGGGAAACCGAGCAAUGAUUCAGCCUAUAGCAGCUUAAACAGGAUAUCCCCUUCAAAGUUAUCACUGUGUAACUCCAAAGAUCAGAACGAUUCGGCGCAACUAGAGCAACCUCAAACCGGCUCAGAUUCUAUGGGGGGAAGUCAGAAAGAUGAGGUCAGAUCCAUCUCCAGCGAAGAGUUUCUGGCAAUGGAGCGCUCCGCCGAACUGAAUGAGCCACUGCCAAGAGUCGACGCACAAUACAAAGAUUUAAGCAGUCAUACUAUUAAUGAGAAGCGCGCAGCCUCGCGGGCGUCGUCACAGCGCAGCCCGCUCUGGCGCUCCCGCCAGGAGCUCAGCUCGAGCGGCUCCGAUACGUCGCUGCCCAGGGCGAAGGAGGCCGCGCCCCCUCCGCGCCCCUCCCGCUUCUGCCACGAGUGCGGCAACCGGUUCCGCGUCGACACCGCCAAGUUCUGCAUCGAGUGCGGCGUCAAGAGGCUCGUUGUG